AUGGCAGAGGAAAAGAAUCACCUCGAGCUCUCCGAGAAGAACAACGUCAUUGCUUCCAGUGACGUUGAGAGUGCCGAAGCCAAACCAGUUGUCGACUACGAUGAACUCCCUGACCCCGACGCCGGCAAGUCGGACGAAGAGAGGGCAAAACUGGACAAAGCUCUCGUAUGGAAGAUUGAUCUAUGGCUGAUCCCGUGGCUCUCGCUCCUCUACCUUCUUUCUUUCUUGGACCGAACCAACAUUGGAAAUGCCCGUGUUGCCCACAUGGAAAAGGCCAUCGGCAUGACUGGUCGCGACUACAACGAUGCGCUGACCAUUUUCUUCAUCUCCUACGCUGGUGCUGAACCCCUCACCAAUAUCGUUCUCAAGCGUUACAGCCCGCGCUGGUUCUUCACUGGCAUUAUUCUUGCUUGGGGACUGAUCAUGACCCUCAUGGGUUGCGUCCAGAAUCAGGCCGGUCUUUUGGCUUGCCGUUGGUUCCUCGGUCUCGCCGAGGCGGGUCUCUUCCCCGGAGUCAACUACUACCUUUCAUGCUGGUACAAGCGUAACGAGCUUGGUAUGCGUGCUGCUCUCUUCUUCUCCGCCGCUGCUCUUGCUGGUUCCUUCGGUGGCCUCCUCGCCGCUGCUAUUAGCAAGAUGGACGGAGUUGGUGGAUACGAGGGAUGGCGAUGGAUCUUUAUCCUCGAGGGUCUCAUGACCGUGUUCGUCGGUUUCUUCUGCUGGUGGAUGGUCAAUGAUUUCCCAGACACUGCCCGAUUCCUUACUCCCGAUGAGAAGCUUCGCGCUCUUCGCCGUCUUCGCGCCGAUAACCAAGCCAGUGCCGAGAAGGAGAAGCUUAACCGUCGCUACGUCUUCUCUGCUCUUAAGGACUGGAAGACCUGGGGUUAUGCCGUGUGCUACAUGGGAUGCCUCUGCCCUCUUUACUCUUUCUCCCUCUUCCUCCCCACCAUUCUCCUCGGUAUGGGCUACAAGGACACCAAGGCCCAGCUCAUGUCCGUUCCUCCCUACGCUGCCGCCGCCGCCAUGACUGUUUUCAUCGGUUGGUUCGCCGACCGCACCAAGUGGCGAGGAUACUGCAACAUGGCCGUUUCCUUCACCGGCUGCGUCGGAUUCGCCAUGCUCCUCGCAUCCAGCAAUGUGCACGUUCAGUACGCCGGUACUUUCCUCGGCGCCGUCGGAAUCUACCCCACCGUCUCCAACACCCUGACCUGGGCAUCCAACAACGUCGAGGGCGUGUACAAGCGCGGUGUCAUGGUCGGCGUGGUCGUCGGAUGGGGCAACAUGAACGGUGUCGUCUCGUCCAACAUCUACAUGCCCAAGGACAAGCCGCUCUACCGCAUCGGACACGGAAUCGUGCUCGCAUACAUGUUCCUCUUCUUGUUCGGCGGCUCCGUCUUCAUGCACUUUGCGCUCAAGAGGGAGAACGCAUUGAGGAAGUCUGGAAAGAGGGACCACUGGCUCGAGGGCAAGACCGAGGAGGAUAUCAGGUACAUGGGUGACGAGAGGCCUGACUUCAUCUACACUUUGUAA